UUCUUUCUUACAGAUACACACACACACACUCACCAUGGCAAUUAAUAAUAAAGCUCAAGAUCUUUUAGGACUUCAUGAAAGUGAUAACGAUUCAAGUAUUGAAGAAGAAUUGGUAGAACGUGAAGAUACUCGAUUCAACAUUAAACAACUUCGACAGAAAGGAAACAAUAGCGAAUCUGAAGAUAACGACGACGACGAUGACAAUGAAGAUCAAGACGUUGAUAAAGAAGAAGAUGAAAGUGAACAUUCAGAUCACGACAAUGAAGACGAUGGAAAUGAUGAUCCUUUGGCGGAAGAAGCAACAUCCAAGAAACGAAAGAAGACCAAACUCAAGCCCAUGACCCCAGCCGAACUUGAAGAACUUGAACUAGCCAAUAAACGUAGUGGUGUUUGUUAUUUAUCUCGUGUACCUCCUUUUAUGACUCCCAAACGUGUACGAUCUUUGUUGAGCAAGUUUGCAGAAUUGGGCAAGUUAUAUUUGGCACCUGAAGAUCCAAAAAUCACAGCAAGACGUCGAAAAUAUUCCAAAAAUAGAAGAGUUAAUUAUACCGAAGGUUGGGUGGAAUUCAAGGAUAAAAGAAAGGCAAAGGCUUUGGCUGAACAUUUGAAUAUGCGACAAAUAGGUGGAAAACGAACAUCACAACAUUUUCAUGAAAUGUGGAAUAUCAAAUACUUGCCAAAAUUCAAAUGGAGGCACUUGACAGAACAAUUUGCUUAUGAAAGACGAGCUCGACAGGAACGAUUACGGGCUGAAAUGGCGCAAGCUGCUAGGGAAAAUAAAGCAUAUAUGCUUAAUGUGGACAAGGCGAAGAAGAUGGAACAUAUUCAAGAAAGAAAACGGAAACGUGGUCAAGAUAUUAAUACUGAUGGUACAGAAGCUCGUCGUAUGUUCCGACAACGUGAUAUGGUGAAUCGUGAAGGUGCUACUGGUCAGGCAGCAAAGAAAUCAUUAGAUAGAGUAGAGGAUCCUGGAUUGAAGAAUGUAUUAGGACAAGUUUUUGGUCAAUAAAGUUUAUUAGUUUUGCAUUAUAC